AAGAACACAUGUGCUGGAAUAAUCCAUCUUCUAAAUGAUGGUUGAAUGUUUCUAAUGAGGACUAGAAGCUGGAAUAACAACAGUCUUUUAAUCUUGUGUUUAACAGGAUUGUAUUUACACACAAAUGGAAUUACAGUACUAAUACCUCAUCAUUUUGUCAGUGCUUCAGUGGAUGAAAAUGCUAUUCUAUCAGUGGAAUAUAGAUGCACUGGAGUGCCUACAAUUAGAUGGAGGCAGCUAUCAUCACGAGGAAUGACAAAUAUCAUCACCUGGGAACCAGGCAGUUAUCAAAACAUUUCAGAGAACUAUCAAGACCGCAUUCAGCAAUACAGAAAUGGGUCCAUCCAGCUUUCUAAUGUUCAGUUAUAUGAUGCUGGUUGCUAUGUUGUGACAGUGACAGAUAAAGUAGGAGGAAGCAAGGAUGGUGUUAUUAUAUUGAAUAUAAAUGAACCAGUUUAUAAGGACUUGUAUUUCGUUGUUGUUGUUUCUACAGUUCUUUUUGCAAUAUCUAUUCUCCUAAUGUUCUUUCUAUGGAUCUGCAAUCAAAGUGUGGAACUGUAUAAAAUGAAGAAGAGAACACAAAGUGUAACAGAUAUGGAACUGUCAGCACUUUAAUAUUGCAUAACAUGUUCCAGUUUGUUUGUUUGACAAAGACUGAGAAAAUCUGAAAAUAGAAGGAACUUCAAGGAAUAACUAACACUAAGAAACUUGAAUGGAUGA